AUGCACAUCAUAAUUCAUCUUAUUCUCAUCUUUGCUCUACUGAUCAUUGCCGUUCAAUCUCAAGGUGGUGGUAGUGGAGGAGGAGAUGGCGGCGGCGGUGGUAGUCAAAACUAUAUCAAUCCAUGUUUAACCAUUGAAUGUGAAAUAGCAGUCUUCGUUUCGAAAAUCGUUGAUGUAUUGCUUGCUGCAGCUGCCAUUAUAUGGGCAAUUCGAACACGGAUUCGUCAAUGUACAGGUGGUAGGCCACCAGUCGACAACACAGUAUUUAUCAAUCAAAAUUCUCUAAAGAAUGUUAACUUUCAAAAUAAUCCUUUCAUGGAUGGUAUCUGGUCUAGUCGAUAUUAUCAAUAUAAUAAAUGGCAUACAUCUCAUCAAUUAUCACUUUUGUUCAAUCGAUAUUCAUAUCAAGUAAGCGGCGGAGGAACAGAUGAAAUCGGUAGUUAUAUUAUCGAUGGUAUCUUUUGUAUGAGAACCUUUCGCAUGUGCCUAGCAAAAGUAUAUCUAGUAGGAACAUGA